AUGGAUACAUUCACUACAGGUUCCACACAUUUUCAGCAAGUAUUCAUAUGGGACAAAUGGUAUCCUUUUGGUCCUGCAGAAAUGAAUGAGCAUCUAGGCAGACCCACACAGCAGAAAGUCCCUGAUCCCAGUCUACAUCUUCUAGCAGCUGCCCUGACUCAUAAUUGGGAGGUAUCAUGGCCUAGCACUGGUCUCAAAAGUCUGAAACUUACUACAGUCUAUUUUGUGCUCCUUCGACUUGCUUCUGCGAACUGGAUUCCUGCUGUUUGUCCAUAUUUUAUCUCCGAUCAGCUUGUUCUUUUUCUCUAUAAGAUACGCAACCGAAAGCCCUUCAACCUUGGAGAAAUGAUCAUUUCCCAUAUCAUGUCCUUUGUGAAGAAGAAUGAAGCCAAAAUUCAUCUUCCUUAUCCCAAUCUAAUUUUUGGUGUGCUCAAGCUUCAAGGGUUCAAGCCAUACAAAGAUGAAACUAUGAUCCAACAUGACAACACCUAUAUAUUUGAUGAUUGGCUGACUCAGAAUCAACACUAUGAUGACCGAGCCACUCUUAGUGCAUUACCAGCUUCACCAGCUCCAACGCCACCAGUUUCUGCACCAGGAUCUUCAUCCGACACUACCUCUGCUCCUGUAUCUGAAUCUGGUGCAAUGCCUAAGGAACCUCCCACUCUACUUGCACGCAGGAAAAUUGUUGCUACAGUUCAAGAGUCAAUAGCUCAACUUCAGUGCUCAAUUGCAUCUCAACAAGCUACCAUCUCCGAGUUGGAGAAGAUUUUAGGUGCACAGCUCCAAGAAAUCACACGCCUUGAGAACAUUCAUGCCCGUAUUCUUGUUGACAAUAGAGAUGUGGCUACUGAUACUAGGACUUAUGAAGAUGAAGAUGAUUCAGUUUCGGGCACCCCGUCAGCACGCUAG